UUAUUUAGUAGCAACGUGUCUGUGGAGUAGUGAAGAUUAAUUCUACGUUCUAGAAGAGAUUACAUUUGAAUCGUGUUUUUGUGUUGAAAGUUUCAUUGAGUUUAAAUUUUUGUGGCAAAUAAGCGUCAAAAGUUCAAAGGGCAGGUUUCAGUGUUUAUAAUUUUAUUGGGAACUCAAAAUCACUUAUGCCAAAGAAUAGAAUUUCAGAUAAAAGACUUCUCAGUUGGCUGAGAGAUGCAAAAAAUAUAAGAUCAAUGUACUGUGAGUUGAUUCAAAUAAAAGGAUUGAGAAGAAAAAAUGACGUCUUCGAUUUUCAGAAUGUUGAUAUAAGGGAAUUGCUGAUCGUGUUCGUUUACGACAUUGAGAAAUGUAAACAUGAGGCGGACGACCCUCAAAAUUCAAUUCUGUAUUUCUAUCCGAGCUGGGUGAAUGAUGCCCAAAGACUUGUGCUCUGUGGCCAAUUGAUGGGCAUCACACAAUGCAUGAAAAACAUGUUUUCACCGCCAUCAAUAAUCUCGCUGCAGAGUGGAAAGUUCUCUGUGAAAAUAUUCGGUCAUUAUGUGUUGUGUGUCGGAACAGACCGCAACAUCCCAGACUGUGUCCUGGAGACGAGGGCCAACUUGCUCAACAGACUCUUGGAGUUCUACCACAGCGAUCUGCUCAAAGUCUCAGAUGAAACAGGUGACUCGUUUCCGGAAAGGCUGAACCGCAUUUUUGAAAUUUAUCUGCCGAUCAUGAUGUUUGGAGGAAACUAUUUCAGCACCAUUCCUCUGCUCAACUUACCAAAGAGUGGAUCCACUGCUUUCUUAAUAUGCUCACAAAUUCUCCAGUACUGUCAGAAGACUUCGGGACUAUUAGGAGGAGCUGUUUUGUAUCAAAACAAGGUUGUUAUUUCUCAAAUAUCUCCGGAAUUCACAAGGUUGAUAGUAUUGAGCGACCCUUACAGAAUCAAGGUUCCUGCAGACCCAGUUGAUAUUCCGUUCCGGUUGCCGGUUGGCAUGCAGCUAUUCAAAGUGUACAUAACCAAGAAACAGUAUUCUGAAUUGAAGAAUCAAUCAAUGGCUCUCAUAUCAGCGCUUAGCUCUGUCCCUCAAUGGCGUGAAAAUCUUCUUAAGGACGACGCACCACCCAUCAAAUCAAUGAUGAAACGCGAUGUGUCACGAAUUUUCACGGUCGUUGAAGAGGAUGAUGACAGGGAGACAUUGGAGAGUGACGACCCUGCUCCACCUUUUCCCUCAAGAACACUCGACUCUAAGGUGCCCUCGACCAAGUCACCCUUAAUUGAGGAGUCCUCCACCAAGUCUCCUUUUUUGACAAAUUUAACUGAGGAGACCUUAAGUAAGUUGACUUUGGCUGAGGAGUCUUCCAGUAAGUUACUCUUGGAUGAGGAGACGUUGAAGGGUGAUCAAUCGUCAUCAGUGGUACCGGACUUGGUCAGAGACGCGGUGGAGGCAAGAUGGACAUCGCGCCUGCGCGCGCAGCCUCCGGCCAUGUUUGUUGUACCUGACGUCACCGAGUCAGUGCAGCACUGCGCUACCACCGAUGACAUACCGCCCACCCACAAGGCGCGAGGAAUGCCCCUCCCUGUCAGGUAUUACAGCUUGGGUCUGCCGAAAAUGAACGAGGAAUGGAUGGACAAUGACAAGAAAGGAGGAGAGGUGGAAGAGCUGAAACCCUAUUACAACACCAUAGCCGAUCCAUUGAAUCCAUUUUUCCGCUCCAAUGGACUUCCAGCCUCCAGAUAUCUCUAUCUUGAACGAGUCUCUAGUCAGAUGAGAGAUUUGCAUACGAAUGCAUCCGAUGAGGACUCUGAUAAAACUUCCACAGCCAGCAAACCGCUUCAACAGGUGAAAUUCAAAGAUAUUCCUGAGAAGAAACCAGAAUUAAAACUUGAAAAGCCAAAUAGAAAUGAAAAGAUGAAGCGAAACUUUAGUCUUCCGCUGCAUAAUACAACAUGCUCAGACACCGGUACCGCCUCAUUGUCAGAAGUUAGGUUCAGUAAAACCCAAGGAAUCCCUCUAACACCGCUCAUGUCUAAGCUGAGCAUCCUAGCUGAAGAACAGAAGAAACAAUCUCAGUUCGAAGACGACAAACCAAAUCCUGUUAUUUCUCUGCCUUCUAGAAUCGACUGUACGAAAGUUGAAGAAAUGGUUGAUCUAUCCAAAAGCAAUAAAGUCGUCAGAGAUUUCCGUGAUUUAACUUGUUCUCGGCCUAGAAAGUUGUCGGACAGUGAAACAAGCAAGUACACAGAGUCUCUGGAUAUUGUGAAUUCUAGUGUUGCGUCCAGUUCGAAAGCUAAGAGGAAACCGAGAAGUGUAGCAAAUCGCAUCGAUGAGAAUGAAGGAUCAGCUGAUGAUGAGGAGUUGGUGGAGUGUGUGCUUUGUGUACUUGGUAGAUUGAGCACAUGUCUGGUGCUAUUCCUGGAGGUUCCCUUCAGCCAGAAUCCUGAUAAUAUACAUAAUUUGUGGAAAUCAUGCACAUCGAAACUGACAGAGCUGGACGGUCAGUUCCACCGGUUGCUGGAGCAGGCUGGGCCAACGAGUGGGUUGAAUGCGGCCGACAGCUACAGCUACAUGUGUGUGGAGCCGGGUUGGGGCACCACGCGGCGUCACGGCCAAUGGACGCUCAGUCAGCUCGAGCUGCUCACUCGGCUGCAUCACGACUUCCAGCAUGCCUCCAACCUCACCGAUGUCGUUGUCAGAUGUGACGACAGCUUGGUAUAUGGUAACCAAUGCGGCCGCAAAGAAGUAUUCUACCAGCAGAGUGUGGGUGGGAACUCUCUGGUGGGUCUGCCCAACCCAUCCGACCUCAUGGGCAUAGUUCCUCUCAAAGCCAAACGCAGGUUGGAGCGAGAUCACAACAUCAUCCUUCUCUAAGACCAUCCAUUUUAAAACAACUACUAGGACAUUUUCAACAGAACUUUGAAAAUGUGUGUGUUUCUCAUAUUGAGACAAAGUCCAAGGAACUUACAGUGGUUAACUCAUAAAAUUACUGUUAAAACGGCUGUCAAUUUUAAUCGUAUUUGAACUAUAAUUACUAAGAAAUGUAAGUAUUAUGGUGUAAAGUCAAACUGAAUGUUCGUAAGUCUAGUAUUGUGUUGUGCUUCUAUGUGGUUGCUUUGAAUGUGAUCUUAUCAUUCCAUUUUAAUUUUAAAGUUUACAUGCUCAGUAUACGUUUAAUUAAAUUUUUUACAAUUCUUCGACCAGAAUUUUCAAGUUGUUUUCUCAUAUUGAGACCAAGGUUCCUCCAGUUCCAUCUUAUUUUAACUGUAUUACUAUUUUAUCUGUACUACAUUUACAAGUAUUUCAAGCUAGCGUUGAACUGUGGAUUAGUGAGAAAUAUUUUAUUUGUAUACAUUGUCAUUGGGAUAUGAUUAUUCUUCAUUCACAAUUUAUAUUAUUAUUUUUUAAUACAUUAUGAAAUAAUUGUAUUUUUUGAGAACAUCUCAAACAUCGUAUUUGUUGAGAAUAUUCUGAUUAUCAAUGACUAGAAAGUUCUUUUGACUAAUAAAGAGAAGUUGUAUAUUA